ACUAUCACUGUCAAUUCUGUCAAAUGAAUUUGCGCUGCGCUACAGCUACGUAAAAUUUGCAGCCCUUUGUGUAUAUUAAAUUCUAUAUUUUUUGUUUAGUGCUCGCUUAAGAAUAAAGUAAUACCUUUAUUCAAAAUAUAUUUCAUUUUAUUGACAUCUUUGUUCUCGAUUCUCAACCUCCUCAAUGAAAAUUAAAAUGGCCACCAAUGUUUGUUUACAGCUGUUCUGAAAUGCUGAAUUGUUUUGAUUUUAAAUACACAGUGGUACAAUAGGGCCUUUCGUACCACUAAAUAUGUCGUCUCAAUGUUAUCUUUUAAAUGUGAAUAAUAUGGCCAGUCAAAGGUUAAAUGAAAUAAAACCCACUCCUAAGGAGAAGGUCAUGUCUUACGAAGAGAAGUCCGUGGGAUCCACUCCAUUCUUUCAGUGUGAAGCAUGUCCAUACAUGGCGAUGGCCGAGGAUGACAUAAAGUUCCACCUGUUCACUGUUCAUCCAGACUUAGCCAAGAAAAAUGGUCUUGCGGACAACAUUCAAAUCUCUUGCCCUGGCUGUGCCAGCGCGUUUGAUGCUGAGGAGACUCUCAGGAAUCACCUGCGGAACCAUCACAAGAUGGGCAUCAAGGAUGUCAAGAAAAUGAUCAAAAGUCUAGUCCAAAUUGCUCUUAAAAAUGCUAAAUUGAAAAAAGAGAGCCCCAGCAUAGACCCACCUCAUGCAUCACAAAUAGGCGCAAUAGCACAGAAUAUAGCUGAUAUAAAGAUACCACAAGUUAUAGAAAUAGUUCCCGAUGCUGUGAACAUCAACAAUGACUUGCCUAAAGGAGUGGCGUUCAUAUCUGUAGAUGAAUUAAAUAAGAUGAGCACACCUAACUUUGAGAAGGUAGAUCCUAAAGAGAUAAUUCAGGAAGCAAGCAUAAACAUUGUGUACACAAAUGAUAUCUCCACUCAGUUUGUGAGGGUGUCUGAUGCGGGCACUAUCAACCCGUCCUGUAACAUGAUCCAAGUGAGCAGUGUGCCUCCCGACCUCAUAUCAUCAAUAGAGCCGUGCCUGACCACUGUGGAGGGCACACUGUCUCCAGCACAAACAAAAGACUUGACUCACAUUCCACUGCUACUGAAGUCUGAUCAAAUGAAGCCUGAAGAAGUGAAACCAAGCAAUAAAGAGGCAGAUGAGAAAGUAGGAACCAUGUGCUUAAUAAACGGCUGUAGAAUGCGUUUAAAGGAGGAUCAGACUCUGGCAUAUCAUAGACAGUGUCACCAGAAUGGGAAGCUGGUGUGUCCAGAGUGUUCACAGGUGUGUGCUGCAGUUGAUGCACUGCACACACACCUAUGGAAGGUCCACGAGGUUGAUAUGGAGCUCCCCACAUGUGAUGUGUGUGGCUUCAAAACAUAUAAUAGGUAUAGACUGCACAAUGUCCACAUGAAAUGCCAUAAGAAGUUAAAACUAUUUAUAUGUUCAAUAUGCUCAAAAGGGUUCAAGAACUCUAACCAGCUCUCCAAACACAAGCUCAUUCACAAGGAGUCAGCGACCCCCGCCUGCUGUACUAUCUGCCAGCGCGAGUUCGCCAGCGAGCGUCGGUUAAGGGUGCAUGUGGCUGAAGUACAUAGUAAGGUGAAGCCCUUCAGCUGCUCGCACUGUGACUACUCCACCGCUAGGAAGGAACAGCUUAAACUUCAUAUAAGAUCUCAUACUGGUGACAGACCCUACGAAUGCAAUCAAUGUAGCUACAGGACGGGUGACCACAAUGCACUCCGGCGGCACAAGAAACAGCAUUCCAAAGAAAACGUGUACAAAUGCAAGCAUUGUGCGUACACCACCAUUCAGUCCACUGUGUUCACAACACACAUGAUCUCCAAGCACCCUAACAUAACGGACAGUGACGUGCACCGAUGCCCCUACUGUCCUUUCAAGUGCAUCAGCAAGGACAAAUACGUACAGCAUCUCACCACACACUCCGACAAAGAAGGAGUACAAGUGUUCAUAGAAAUGAACAAAAGCAAAGCCAAUAAACCCGCGUGGACCAUACCCAGCGAAACUGAAAAAACAAAUGAGAAAUCUAACAUUAACAGUGAGGCAAAUACAGAGUCUGCUCCCAAGACUGUCAAUGAAAUACCGAUUGAGGUGUACGACUGCGAUAGUUACAAUGAGAAUUUACCACAGAACUUCGUCAAAAAUUACUGUAGCACCCCUAACAGUAGUGGCCAAGAGACAAUCUUCAAUAAUCAGAUAAUGGCCACAGACCUCAGCAAGGAGGAUAACAACUCGGACUGCGUUAUUUCCGAAAGCUCAAACGACACGAUGAUGGAACGCCACCAGUUCCAAGCGCAGCACCCACUGCUCUCAUACGAUGGCACUCCGUCCAACCUGCAUGGGUUCCUCAACCCCUCAGUAUCUAUGGAGCAAAGUCUCCUACAGAAUAAUAACGUCAAUUCUCUGACCUCAAACCAUUGUUCGAUUCCAAACAGUAUAAAUAACAACAUUAUGGCUAACUUUCCGAUCAGGUUGCCUCCCGCGCCGCAAAUAUCGCUGCGGAACAAUAUCACGCUGAAACCCGUCGAUAAGAUAUCUCUACCCAGUUCCAAAGUGACCGGUCCCAUAAUUAAACCGACACAGAUAUUGCCCGUUCCGUCCUCAAGUAACUCUCCAGUUAACAUAUCUAUGGAGCCUGAAGGAAUCCCAAGGAAGAAGCCGAAAAUAUCAGUGAAGAGCAAUCUUAUACUGAAGGGUCCAGACCAAGAGAAUAUGUUCCACUCGCAGCAGAAAAUGGCGUUUAGGAGACUGGAGGACAACGAGAGGUUCGGACUGGGCGGUCCCGUGACCUUCAACAAUCUGAUCACGACGCAGUUCAUGCAACUGCAGCCAGAACCGUCCCUGAGCCAAUCGCCCAGCAACAUCAUGGUUUACCCACAGGAACCAAUGUUGGCGGAUGCGGCAACGACGCCCGUUGAUAAUGAGAUGAAUAACAACCCACAGAUAUUCUCAUUCAACCAACAGAUCAAUGUUAACGCCAUGACGACGCUCCCUCCGCCACAGAAGAUACAAAAUAAUGAUCCGAGCUACAUAAAGCUGGAGAGUACAAUCAAGCAAAAUACACAGUCCCCGAGCUUAGAGAGAAUGUGUAACGCUAACUUGCUUAACAAUCCGGCGAUAGCCCUCGAAUACAAAGCGUCGCCACCGCUCGAAGAUAUACAUAAGAACAUGAGCGAAAUAAAAAAUGAAGUGAAAUCAGACUCCUUCUACAAUAUACCCAUUAACAACGAAGCUCCGAAUCCGACUCCCAUGGACAAUUUCUUUGGGGAUGGUUUGAUGGGCGAGAAGUAUUCCUCGGUACUGAUGGACCUGUCCGGAGUCACCCUGCAAGAGAUAGCGGAGGCAAAUAAUGACGUCAUCGAGAUCGAUGACAAUUCCGAUGAUAACAAGUUGCUGCCGCGACUGGACAUGUACUACAGCCUUGAAGGCCUGUACCCACACAACGACUUCCACUUCCUUGACGCGGACACCGGCUUCCAGCAAGACGACAUCAACAGGAUAUUCAGUGAAGUCCCCAUCAUUAACCAAAAGGAUCUGCUGGAGUCUGCCGGUGAAAACUCUGGGAAUGAGAGAGCAGAUUAUAUGCAGAUCAUAACUCAAAGUGUGAUGGAUCCCAUGAUGAACACCACUGUGCGACCCUCCACUAACAAGAUAAACGUGAAGAAUAUAGAACUCAUGAAGAAUUAAGUAUAAGAAUCUCCUUGUAGCAAAAGCCCUUCUGUGAUGUUGUUGUUAUACCUCCACUUAUUUGUUAGGCAAUGUUACCUCGCGUUUGGAUUAUAUUUUUGAAAUGUGAUUUUCAAAGUAUAAGAUUUGUAAAUAUGCAGCAAAAUACAGGAAUUGUACAUAGAUUUAGGUGAAUGUUGCUUAACAAAUAACAUUGUUGUUGUAAAACCUCUUUAAAGUCUGGGCAACGCUUUGCCGCCACACUAGCGCGGUGAAAGCGAUUUAUUUAUCAAAAGACUGUUAAUCAUUUAAUCAAUGUAAAUAUUUAUUUAUUAAAUGGAAUGUGUUUA